AUGCAUUCCGAUCCCGACGACGAUGACGACUCCCUCUUUGGCGCCGACAGCACCAAUGAUGUGGCAGCGUAUACGAAUGAGGAUCCUCGCGAUGACGUUCCGAUAGCAUCGCGAACGGCUCCAGGCAUACCCGGCUUGUUCUUCUUCCCGGACCUGCUGUCGAGAGAACUCCACGAUCGAGUGCUACAGCAGGUCUCUGCAUGCGGCUACUUUGCCGUCACAGAUGAGGCCGGGAAUUCCUCCAAGGCCGACUGUAAUAGGACCGAGUCAUACGCUCGCUCAUCGCGCAACCAAGCGAUGCUCUUUGCGCGGUCACUGGCAUCGUCGUCAGAUACCAUGCCGGGUGCGCCACCAUCGGCAGGCGAUUCGAGCUGCUCUGGUCUUCCCGCGUGGGCCCUUGACCUCAUACACGAUUUGCAACACCUCCUAAUUGCCCAGCCCGAGCAUUAUCUCCCUCAAUCAGUCAAGCACCUCCUCUUCCCCUCCGACCAGCUCCGCUCGCGUCAACUCAUCCUCAACCUCUACGCGGGUGCAGAGGGCCUCUCGCCGCACGUCGACUUGGUCAACCGCUUUGCCGAUGGCAUCAUCCUCUGCUCUUUCGGUCCACAGGGUACGGGCACCGUGAUGGACUUUACGCACGAGCGACAGGCGUCGGAGCAUCUCUUCCUGCCAUCGGGGAGCGUGGUCGUGUUGUCCGGCCAGGCGAGGUACGAUUGGAAGCAUGGGAUCAGCGCCAGGGAUAUGGAUCGUGUGCGCGCUUUUGAUGGUAGCGUGGACGAGCUGAAGCGGUCAAUUCGGCUAAGUGUCACCAUCAGGUCUAUGUUGCCAGGCGCUGACAUUGUCGGCGAAUGA